AUGACUGCUCUCUUAUGCUUGAAGCAUAAAACUUUCUCCGGCGAUUUUCCGGCCACAAUGAUCGGAGAAGCCAACGCCGGCGACCUUCUCAGGCGAUUUGAGAAAAUUUUGGAGUCCGAUUCUGCAAUUGAUGAGGUUGGAUUUGUUCAUCCAUCCCAGUUUGUCAACUUGAGUGAAGAGGCGCCCUCAUCAUCUGGUAGUGUUAGUAAUGUGGUGUGCUUGAAAGAUGGGACUGCGGUGUUUUGGAAUAGGGAGCAUAAGUUGGGAAUCUCGACGGAUGUUCUUAUUCCAUUGUAUAAGGAAGCUAAGCGCGCGAUGAUGGCAGCAAUUCAACAAUAUAAGGGACUUUAUAGUGCAUUUGAUGUGUCCGGGGUUGAGAGUUCUGUAUCUUUGGAUGACAGUAUUGAAGGUGAAGUCAUGAAGCAAAGCAGGGCUGUUUUGUUAGUGAGUUCUGAUUAUGGCACUGCUUGGAAUUCCAGGAAGAUGGUGUUGUUGAAGAAGCAAGAGUUCUCAAUGUUAUUGGAUGAACUUCUAUUCUCAGCACUUGUUCUUUCAUAUGCACCUAAAUCUGAGCAUGCGUGGUGCCACAGGCGAUGGGUCAUCAAGUUAAUUGCUGGAAAGUUUUCAACUUUGCAAGAGAUUGUCACCAAAGAGUCUGAGCUGGUGGAGAAAAUAGCCGAGAGGUCAAAAAUGAAUUACCGUGCAUGGUAUCAUCGUUGCUGGUUGGUGUCUUACAUGACAACAGAGCAGUCUCUACAUGAAUUACAGAGAUCUAAAAAGUGGGCUGGCUUGCACGUUGCUGACCAUAGUUGCUUCCACUAUCGCAGACAGCUAAUGCUUAGGAUUUUAGAGGACAGAUGCUGUAAACAAGAAAGUGUAUCUUCUAGUUAUAAUAUUACAAUAAAUCAACUGUGGAAGGAGGAGCUGGAUUGGGAUGAAAUGUUGAUAAAGCGCUACAUAGGAAGAGAGGCCUUAUGGCUUCAUCGGCGCUUCCUAUCCUUAUUUUGGAUAAAGCAUUUUUUAACUGGUCAUACUGAUCUGCCUGGGGAUUGGAAGCACAAAACCAGCAUGAAUAAUGACUUAGGUAUCUUUAUGGAUCAUGAAUUACAUCUCCUGCAGUCCUGCUCCAUCAUUCCAGAUGAUAGUUUUGAUGAUUACCAAGCACAGGCUACACAUUCUGCUACUUACAUGUUAUGGUUAAUUAAGCAAUUCCCUGAUUCUGGUAGCAUUGAAUUACGGGAGAAGCUAAAAAUCAAAAACCUGAAAGCCCUGCUGAACAACGCAUGCCCUGGAAGAUCCUCAACUUGGGAUUCUAUACUGGCCUACGUCGAAACGUCCGACUAUUAUGCAACAGAGGUAGACCCGCACCACCCUGCAACUACGAGUUGACCACAGUAACUGUGAUGUUCUUUUAUUGGUGUGCAAUUACAAACUGCAAUAGAGAUGUAACAUGAUUACAGAUUCAUCUCUAGCAUUCAAGCAAUAUGUAUACAGUGACCAAAGUUUGAUGUAUAUUGAUUGAUGAAAUCUAAGUACACCUAGCAAAAGUCUAUAGAUCUAUUUUUACUGAUUUUAAGCGAGACUGAAAGAAGUGUUAUAUUUGUGAAAUUACAAGAGCAAAGUUGCAUGGG